AUGACGAAGGCGGAAGACACUCGGCCUCAACUCACCGGGCCCUUCCUCUCCCUCGGUCACGCGCCUUUCGUGCAGCCAUCCUCGUACCUUCGCCCUCCAAUGGCCCCCGAGAGACCAAUCGAUCGGGAAGAGCGUCAAGGCCUGCGUGCCAUUCGCAAUUUCCUGAAAGUCCGCAACAGCUACGACGUCCUCCCGUUGAGUUUCCGCCUCAUUAUUUUCGAUACCUCCCUCUCUGUCAAAGAGAGCUUGAAUAUUCUCAUCCAAAAUGGCAUGUGCAUCGUCUCAGCCCCGUUGUGGGACUCGAAAGCUUCGAAAUUCGCAGGUCUUCUGACCACUUCCGACUAUAUCAAUGUGAUUCAGUAUUAUUUCCAGAACCCCGCGGCUCUCGAUCAAAUCGACCAAUUCCGGCUAGAUAGCUUGCGAGGUGCGUUCCGUCCCCACUUACCCACUUGGGCUACAGAGUCGCCAGGAGAUGUGCAGGCUGACCAUUACUAUUUGACAGAUGUGGAGAAGGCAUUGGGCGUUGCGCCACCUGAGACAAUCUCUAUUGACCCCGAACGUCCCCUUUACGAAGCAUGUCGUCGCAUGCUUGAGUCGCGCGCCCGUCGUAUUCCCCUCGUUACCAAUGACAGCCAGACAGACCGCUCCCAUGUCCUCAGCGUUAUUACCCAAUACCGUAUCUUGAAGUUCGUGGCUGUUAACGUCCCGGACACUCAGAUGCUGCGCCGUCCAUUGGGGGAGCUCAAGGUGGGCACAUAUACUAAUAUUGCGACAGCGUCGAUGGACACGCCUGUCAUUGAUGUGAUUCAUAUUCUGGUCGAGCGAAGCAUUUCUAGUAUGCCGAUUUUGAAUUCAGAUGGCGUUGUCUACAAUGUAUUCGAGUCGGUAGACGUUAUUGCUCUGAUCCGAGGUGGCGUCUAUGAUGACUUAAGUCUCACCGUGGGAGAGGUACUAAAGAAGCGAUCACCGGAAUUCCCGGGUAUCUACACCUGCUCACUCAACGACGGACUCGACACAAUCUUCGACACGAUCCGUAAAUCUCGGGUCCACCGUUUAGUCGUGGUAGAUGAACACUUCAAGCUCAAGGGUGUCCUCACCCUCAGUGAUAUUCUCCACUACAUCCUGCUCGAGGGUGAAACUGACGAAGUAUGA